CUCUGUGAUCAAAUCUCAAAUCGUGCGGCGAAAAUCGUUUUGUUUUCCUCCUGUCAGCGUGUUUUAAUUUAAUUUUCUCAUCAGUAUUUGGCUCUUUUGAAUCCUAAACUUUUCUGUAAUUCUUUCGGAAAUUUCUCUAGUUAUCAAUAUAAAUACAAAAUGUCAAUCGGAGUGCCAAUAAAAGUCCUGCACGAAGCAGAAGGCCACAUCGUAACCUGCGAGACCAUUACCGGCGAGGUUUACCGAGGUAAGCUUGUUGAAGCCGAAGACAACAUGAAUUGCCAUAUGACUAAUAUUAAUGUCACUUUCCGCGAUGGACGCACCGCCCAGUUAGAAAACGUCUAUAUCCGAGGCUCCAAACUAAAGUUCCUAAUUUUGCCAGACAUGUUAAAGAAUGCUCCUAUGUUCAAAAAGCAAGGAACUAAAGGAAACACCGGUGGCGCUGGUCGAGGAAAAUCUGCCAUUCUCAGAGCACAAGCCGCACGAGGACGAGCGCAAAGAGGUGCAAUGCAGCAAAGAGGCGGGCGACAAGGAUGGCAACCUCAACAACGGACAAAUACUGGUGGUGGCGGUGGAAGGAACUGAAUGCACUCCUGGACGUGUACAAUAUGUAUUUUUUUUAGUUUUAACUUUCAUCUAUUCUAAUCUUUUGUACCUCACUUUUUUUUUACCUUUACUCGUGUUGCACUAUCAUUGAGCUAAGGGCCAGAGCUGACUAAAGUCAACCAGUGAUAUUUUCAGCAGCAGAUAAAGCAAAAGAAACUAGUGAAAGAUCUUUGUUGUUAUUUCUAAACACAGUGGAUGGGAUGCAUGAAAAAGACCGGUCAUUUGAGACUUUCUCUCAUUUUAUAUAAGAAAACAUUAUAAUGUGCAUAACAGAAACUUUUCUGAUCGCAUUCUUCCUUUGUGCUGGCUGGCUCUUGAAAUUUUUGCUGUCUUGAGUGAGAGACUUCAAUAAGACUAGGUUGAAAUUGAGUUGGGUGGUUGGAUCUCAUGAUGUCCUACAUUAAUAUAGGAUAAGAUUGGUUAUUAGAGGCAGCUGGGAAGAGUUUAUUCAAGCAUCAAGUAAGGUAUUCGUCUGAAAUAACCAAUCAGUACCUCCCGCCCAAUCUCAGCCUUGUCAUAACAUAAUCUGUUGUCAUCAAUUGACGUUGUCCAGUCCUGAAUCCGCAAAUCAAAUGACCAGCCUGUAGAUUUCUUUGGAAAAGUUGGCACAUUAUCAAUUCCACUCCUGAGCAGGAUUUAUACAUUACACAUGAUUUUCAGUUUUGUAGUGCGUAAUUGCAAUGAAAUAAUUGCAUCAAGUCGGACAAAAUUGAACUUAAAAUUGCACUUGAUAUGAAAAUACUACAUAUAAAAAUCAGCUGAUGACUCCUCAGAACAGGUGAUCCAACUAUUUUCAUCUGACUUAGAAGUAGACCGAUUAUACUGUAAGUUGUUUUUUUUCCUCGUUUAAUUUUAAGACUUGAGAAAUGUUUGGUAUGCAGGAUAUUAUUUGGUCAAAAAGAUGAGACAUGAUAAGGCUCUUUUUUUCAUAAUCAAUCGACUCCUUUUCUGCUUGUUUGAUCAGUCAUGAUACUUUUGGUUUUAGAUAGAAAAAGGAAAGUUCCAGAAUGUUGUUGUGCCUUCUGCAAUUAAACCUCCUAGUCUCACUGCAAAUUUUUUUUAAAAAAUGAAUAUUUUAAAUUCUCUGGGGAAACAUUUAAAAUUUGAUUUGUGUAUAUGGUAUUUCAAACAUAAAAGUGGUUCUUCGCCACAGUUUUCUUUUUGGUUUUUUUUUUUAUUACGAGCAUUAAUUUUGUCAAUAAGAUCAAAUCGGUUUGGAUUGAGUCCAGGUGAGAUAUAACCUGUUUAGUGGCUAAUUAUGAGGCCUGUAACAGAUGCAUUGCUAAACUCAUCAGCAAGCUUGCAGGCAUUGUCCAGUGACAUCACUCGCUGCGCUGCUCAUCAAGUCUCCCAUCUCGAGACUGGAGAGCUGGUGAGCAGAUAGGUGAGUGAUUUCACUGAGCAAUGCUGUUGAACUCACUGAUGAGUUUGGCAACAUAUGUAAAAUCUGCACACAUCUCUAAAAUUGAAAAUGGCAGGUUUUGAGUAUUGUUCCACUAGAUAUGUAUGUUUUAUUUAUCUGAUUUUGGUGAAUCUUUUACCAGUUAAUUACUUUGAUUCCUCAACAUGGAACCCAAUGAAUGGCAUCACGGAAAUCUAAUUACUGUACUACCUUCUUGAUGAUGAAAGUGGUCGUUUUGUUCAUUAUUCCAUCCUGCUGAAACGUAAGAAUAAAAAACUCAUCUCACGAUCUUUA